UUUAUUUAACAUAGUAGAAGAAGAAGAACUCGUGUCCUUCACGACCACAACAGCAAUCAUGGCGACUGCUACCAAAAUCAUUCAGCGGCUUCGAAAUUUAUUAUCUGGGCAUGACCUGCAAGCCAAACUGCAGCUGAGAUAUGAGGAGGUUGCAAAGAGGACACAGCCACCUCCCAAACUACCUGUAGGACCGAGCCACAAGUAUGCCAACAACUACUACUUCACCAGAGAUGGACGUAGAGAGUCUGUACCUGCUACUGUCGUUAUGUCUUCACAGAAGGCUCUUCCAGCUAGCAGUCAAGUAGUUGAAGCCCCAAAGCCUCCAGUGACCCCGGGUGCUGUGUACAAGGAGCCUUCUCUCUCCACAGACCAACCAUACCUUUAAGCUGCAGGAUUAUCCCAUUCAGCACCAACAACUUCAUUUAUCCACCAAACCUGCUCCAGCGGCCUGACCACUGCAUGAAUUGGUUGUAUCCUGUAUAAUACCAAGUGUGAAUAAAAUAUGUUCUAUUUAAA